AGAGGUGGGGGUGGGUAGCCAGUCUCUCCCACACGCAGUGCGCGCGCAGAGCGGGACAAGGAGGCGUCACCGCAGCGCCCCGUGGCUCCUGCACCGAGAGGCGACGUCCAAAGCCGCCUCGCAGUGACAGCGGCGACGGCGCAGUGGGCCGACCGCGAGCCAAGCCCUAAGACGACUGCCCCCUCUUGGCAUCAACCAGAGCCAUACCCCCCCCUACCCUGCCGCCGCCGCCACCACGCCCGCAGAACUUUUAUUGGACGUAACUUUUCACCGCCGUCUGGAGGAAGGGAAGGGGAGAGGGCAUCCCAAGCGCUCGUCGAGGGAGAGAGAUUCGAGUCUCCGAGCGCAGAGGCGAGAGGUGCUCCGCUCUUCCCGUUCUCCGUGGCAGGGUGCAAGGGAGAGUGACCGACAAUCAACAGAGAAGCAGAGACGUGACCAAAAUCCUACACUCGGUCAGCCACGACCUCCCAUCACAGAGCUCGUCGCACCGACUCCGGGCCGAACGCUCCUGCCCACGACCCAUGACCCACAACCCUCGCCAAUCCCUCGCCAAACCCUCGCCAAACCCUCGCCAAACUCGGCAACACAAAUCCCACGACUCAUCUCGAAGGCCCACCCUGACACGCACGCACAGCAACGCCACGAAGUGACCUGCGACGUCGCCGCAGCGUCUUCUUGCGCCAGGCUAGGUGCGCUUCCGAGGCCACGGGACGCGCGCGCAAAAACGAGGACGCGCGCGCACGUGCGGCGAGUGGGAAGGCGGCGAAGAGGACGGAGGGCGAAGAGCGUCAAGCCUGGGACGGUUGACGAGGAGGUGGAGGAGGUGGAGGAGGUUGUGGGGGCCGCAGCUGCCAUGCGGCAGCUCCAGGAGCCAGGGAGGCUCGCGCUGGGGGUCCUGCUGCUGCUCGUCGUCACGCAGGCCGACGGCGAGGGUCUGGACGGAGUCCUGCGUGGGGGAGCGGUGAGGGCGCAGCAGGACGCCCCCACGCCAGUGCCAGACCACGUCCUGGGCUCCCUGUGGUGCCACUGCUCGCACCACUGCCCCGAGAGCCACGUCAACGGCACCUGCCGGACCAACGGGCAGUGCUUCACGAUCAUCGAGGAGGAUGAGUCGGGCGACGUGGUGGUGACUUCGGGCUGCGUGCAGAAGGAAGGCUCCGACUUCCAGUGCCGGGACACGAAGAUGGCUCGAGUUCGCCGAGCCAUCGAGUGUUGCUCCGACUACAACUACUGCAACCUGGACCUCGUACCCACGCUGCCACCGCCACCCCCACAGCCAGUGGGCCUGAGCAUGACUCACAUGGUGAUGCUGUUCGCCGUCUGCCUCUGCGUCCUGGGACUUCUGUCGCUCUUCCUCUUCCUCUACUUCAGGCACCGGAAGCAGGCGGAGCUGCGGCCGUACGUGCUCGACCCCGAGCAGCACGAGACGUUCAUCGCGCCCGGCGAGACGCUCCGUGACCUCUUCGAUCAGUGCCAGAGCUCGGGCAGCGGCUCGGGGCUCCCACUGCUGGUGCAGCGCACGAUCGCAAAGCAGAUCCAGAUGGUGCGGCAGAUCGGCAAGGGCCGCUACGGCGACGUGUGGAUGGGGCGCUGGCGUGGGGAGAAGGUGGCCGUCAAGGUGUUCUUCACGACCGAGGAGGCCAGCUGGUUCCGCGAGACGGAGAUCUAUCAGACGGUGCUCAUGCGGCAUGACAACAUCCUGGGCUUCAUCGCGGCCGACAUCAAGGGCACGGGCUCCUGGACGCAGCUGUUCCUCAUCACCGACUACCACGAGAGUGGCUCCCUGUACGACUACCUCAAGUGCACCACGCUGGACCCGCGCGCUGUGCUCCGACUCGCCUACUCGGCGGCCGCCGGGCUGUGCCACCUACACACGGAGAUCCACGGCACGCAGGGCAAGCCGGCGAUCGCCCACCGAGACCUCAAGAGCAAGAACGUGUUGGUCAAGCGCAACGGCACCUGCUGCAUCGCCGACCUCGGCCUCGCGGUCAAGUUCAACAGCGACACGAACGAGGUGGACAUCCCGCUGAGCGGGCGCGUGGGCACCAAGCGCUACAUGCCGCCCGAGCUCCUGGACGAGAUCAUCAACCGCAAGCACUUCCAGUCGUACAUCAUGGCCGACAUGUACAGCUUCGGACUCAUCCUGUGGGAGAUCGCACGCCGGUGCAUCUCGGGGGGCAUCGUGGAGGAGUACCAGGUGCCGUACCACGACACGGUCCCCUCAGACCCCUCGUACGAGGACAUGCGUGAGGUCGUCUGUCUCAAGCGCCUGCGGCCGUCCUUCCCCAACCGGUGGAGCUCCGACGAGUGCCUGCGCUCGAUGGCCAAGCUCAUGUCCGAGUGCUGGGCGCACAACCCGGCAUCGCGUCUCACCGCGCUGCGCGUCAAAAAAACGCUCUACAAAAUGUCCGAGUCGCAGGACAUCAAGAUCUGAACGGAGCCCGGCCGGGGGCGGUGGGACAAUGCUAGGGGCCCAAAGCCCCCCCCGCCCCCCCCGCCCCCCCGCCCCCGCGGCCGCUCCCACCGAGACGGAGCGCGCCGGAGGGACGAGGCCCCGCGGCACCAACGAACGAUUCCCAAAGCGAGCGGCGCGCGGUCUCGCGAGUCCGCCGGCGAAACGACGACGGACGGAGAAGGGGAGGGGGAGGGGGGGGGGUGAGUCCGGUGUUUUUGAACCACGACCCUGGAAAAAAAAUAGCAGUCGACCCCCCCCCCCCCCUUUCUCCCCGACGACCUCGCACACGACCUCCCCAUGAACCUAAUCCCCCUCCUCCCCGGUGACAUCGCGAUCCGGUGCCCUGACAAAUUGGGCUCCGUCGUUCUUUCGUUUUUGGAGCGGCCCCGCGAAAAGCGAGCGCCGUUCAAGAGGGGACGGUGCAGGGUGGGUCGCGGCUUCCAGACGGAGCGAGCCGGCCCGGGCGGCCGUCAUCACGGGCGGCGCGGGGGGCACGGGGGAUGCGAGAUAGAACUUCGGGGCUGCACCUGCAAGGGCAGGUGCACGGAGGGGGAUGAGCGAUGGUUGGUGGCGUGUGGGAGAGUUCCUGGUGGAUUAAAACUGUGAAGAAGAAGAAGGAGGAGAAAGAAA